GCUGAUCGUAAUAAAGCCCAUUACAGUGAUCUGAUGUGUUCCUAAUACUUCUUAGCCAGAUGACACGCAUAAGGAGUCAUGUCAUUACACGGGAACUUUUGUUUUUCCGCUGAUGCCAUCAAGAGCGAGGGCUGGCAAUGGGAAGCUAUAUAAGCAGCAUGAUUCAUCCCAAUCCAGACCACUCUUGAUUGACUGUGCUCACCCAGGAACGUACAUGUCCACAGCUUCUGCCCAUCAUGGUCCUGUUGCUCCAGGCAGCAGCAAUAAUCCUGCUGCUGGCCUCCCUGCCUGGAUCACUCUCUACUCCAUCACAGCAUCUGUGCGGAUCCAACCUGGUGGACGCGCUUUACCUUGUGUGUGGGCCUAGAGGCUUCUUUUACUCCAGCAGAAGCAGGAGGGACCUCGAGACUUUGCUUGCCUUGCUCUCAAAUUUAGCAGAUUAUGAGGUAGCUGAGGCUGAUCCAUUAAAACAGAAGGUGAUGAUGAAGAUGAAGAGAGGGAUUGUGGAACGCCACCUACAAACUCGAGGACUAACCAACCUAAAAAAUUAA